GUCUUUUGCGUGUGUCUUGACAGUCUCUUUUCCCUCCAGGUGAAGCCUCGUCGGGGAGAUUUUCUCUCCGCUUUUCUGACUUUAAUCACGGCGUCUCUAGUGAAAAACAGCGCUUGGAAUAGUCCGACUGGAUCCAUACGACGUCCGGAGGACCGGAUCUGUUCUCGGAUUCAGGCCCUGGAUGGUUUCGUUUUCUGGAGGGGGACCUGGAAGCCCGGGCCCGCUGUUGGAGCAGGGAGGAGGCCCCGGCGCCCCUGCUUCUGACCCAGAAAACAGCACCCUUAGCCGGCCUGUGUGUCUACUAGCAGGUCGGCUAGCCGCUAGUUACAUCGCCGCAACAAGAAAGAGCUCUCUCCAUCCUACUUUAUUUAUGUGAUUAUUUUUAUUAUUGUUUUAAACAACAGGAAAUACUUUUUCUGUAAUUAACUGAAGGGAAAGAGUCAUUUAAAAGCGGUUAGCAGAGAGGUAGUUUCUCUUCCUGACGGAGGUUCCGGAUCGGCUCCGGUACCAUCUCCUGGUUUUUCUGACCUUCGUGAGGUCCAAACGCAGACCAUGGCUGGCAUCAUUAAGGAGAUCGUAAGCCGGAACAAAAGACGGUUCCAGGAGGAUGGCUUUGACUUGGACCUAACUUAUAUUUAUCCCAAUAUCAUUGCCAUGGGUUUCCCUGCUGAGAGGCUCGAAGGCGUCUACAGGAACAACAUAGACGAAGUAAUCAGGUUUUUAGAUUCUAAACAUAAAAAUCACUACAAGAUCUACAAUCUGUGUGCAGAGCGACAGUAUGAUGCAUCCAAGUUCCAUUGUCCAGUGGCCCAGUUUCCUUUUGAGGAUCACAAUCCACCCCAGCUGGAACUGAUCAAACCUUUCUGCGAGGACUUGGAUCGGUGGCUGAGAGAAGAUGACAAUCACGUUGCCGCCAUCCACUGCAAAGCGGGAAAAGGUCGCACAGGGGUCAUGAUCUGUGCCUACCUGCUGCACCGCCGCAAGUUCAUUGUUGCACAAGAAGCUCUGGAUUUCUACGGCGAGGUCCGCACCCGAGACAAGAAGGGAGUGACCAUCCCCAGCCAGCGACGAUAUGUCUUCUACUACAACUUCCUGCUGAGGAACCAUUUGCAGUAUAAACCUGUCGCUCUGCUCUUCCACCGGAUGCUGUUUGAGACCAUCCCCAUGUUCACCGGAGGAACCUGCAACCCUCAGUUCGUGGUGUACCAGCUGAAAGUGAAGAUCCACACAUCCAACCCGAACCACAUGCGGCGAGAAGACAAGCUCAUGCUGUUCGAGCUGCCGCAGCCGCUGCCCGUCUGUGGAGACAUCAAGGUGGAGUUCUUCCACAAGCAAAACAAGGUGAUGAAGAAGGAAAAGAUGUUCCACUUCUGGGUCAACACUUUCUUCAUCCCGGGCCCUGAGGAAGAGGACCCCAACAGCCUGGAGAACGGCAGUGCUGGGACUCCGCGGGACAUAGACAGAACCUUCCAGAACCCGGGGAUCACGGCCAUGACAACUGGAGGGGAAAGCGACAGAGACUACCUGGUCCUCACUCUGACCAAGAACGACCUGGACAAGGCCAACAAAGACAAGGCCAACAAGAACUUCUCCCCAAACUUCAAGGUCAAACUGUACUUCACAAAGACUGUGGAGGAAGGCGGGAACUGUGACGCCAGCAGCUCCUCGGCUUCUGUGACGCCGGACAUCAGCGACAAUGAGCCGGAUCACUACCGUUACUCUGACACCACGGACUCGGACCCGGAAAACGAACCAUUUGACGAGGAUCCCCAAAGUCAGAUCACUAACAUCUGACACACAUGGACCUCAGGCAGUCUUUGGAACUCUGUGGUCAGAGUCCAGAUCAGUACUUAAGCCCUUUCCCCUGCCUGGACAAUCACGUGGCUCGGACCGUGUGGGCGGGGCCAGACCAUCCAGAUGGAGAUGGAUGAAAGGACAGAUUUUUAAAUUAAGGAGUAAAACUUGAAUCUCUAUUGAAAGACAAGUAGUUCUCUUUACUGACCACGCCCACGUCUGGAUAAAUCCCAAAAUCCUGUUCUCUCCUUCACCUCCAGUACUAGGAAGCUA